GGGGCGGGUCCUGGCAGAGGGUCCUCAGCAACCCCCGGAGGUGGAGCGGCUGGCCAGAGCGCCCACUGAGGAGCGGAGAGAUCCCAUCGUGGCGCAGUCAUGCUCCGGGUCCCGCUGUGUACGCUGCUCCCGCUCCUGGCGCUGCUGCAGCUGCUGGGCACUGCGCACAGCGUCUAUAAUGUCUCCCGGAGGACAUUUGAGCUGGACUACAGCCGGAACCACUUCCUCAAGGAUGGGCAGCCAUUCCGCUACAUCUCAGGAAGCAUUCACUACUUCCGAAUACCCCGCUUCUACUGGGAGGACCGGCUGCUGAAGAUGAAGAUGGCUGGACUGAAUGCGAUCCAGAUGUACGUGCCCUGGAACUUCCAUGAACCCCAGCCAGGACAAUACGAGUUUUCUGGGGACCGUGAUGUGGAACAUUUUAUUCAGCUGGCUCAUGAGCUGGGACUCUUGGUGAUCCUGAGGCCCGGGCCCUACAUCUGCGCAGAGUGGGAUAUGGGGGGCUUACCUGCUUGGCUACUAGAGAAAGAGAAUAUCAUUCUCCGAUCUUCUGACCCAGAUUACCUUGUAGCUGUGGAUAAAUGGCUGGCAGUCCUCCUGCCCAAGAUGAGGCCCCUGCUCUACCAGAACGGAGGGCCGAUUAUAACUGUGCAGGUUGAGAAUGAGUACGGGUCCUACUUCGCCUGUGAUUAUAACUACCUGCGUUUCUUGGCGCACCGCUUCCGAUAUCAUCUGGGUAAUGAAGUCAUUCUCUUUACCACUGACGGGGCGAAUGAAAAACUGCUGAAGUGUGGGACCCUGCAGGACCUCUACGCCACAGUGGAUUUUGGAGUAGCCACCAAUAUCACAAAUGCUUUCCUGAUCCAGAGGAAGUUUGAGCCCAGAGGACCUUUGAUCAAUUCCGAGUUCUAUACUGGCUGGCUAGACCACUGGGGUCAACCCCACUCCAUGGUGAAGACCGAAAUCGUGGCUGCCUCCCUCUCUAUGAUGCUUGCCCAAGGGGCCAACGUGAACUUGUACAUGUUUAUAGGUGGGACCAAUUUUGCCUAUUGGAAUGGUGCCAACAUGCCCUAUGCGCCACAGCCCACCAGCUAUGACUACGAUGCCCCACUGAGCGAGGCAGGAGACCUCACUAACAAGUAUUUUGCCCUUCGAGAUGUCAUUCGGAAGUUUAAAGAAGUCCCAGAAGGACCUAUCCCUCCAUCUACACCCAAGUUCGCAUACGGAAAAGUUGCUCUGAGAAAGUUCAAGACGGUGGCCGAAGCUCUGGGUAUCCUGUGUCCCAAUGGGCCUGUGAAAAGUGUCUACCCCUUGAAGUUCACUCAGGUAAAACAGUAUUUUGGGUAUGUGCUGUACCGAACAACACUUCCUCAAGAUUGCAGUGAGCCGAAACCCAUUUUCUCUUCACUCUUAAAUGGUGUCCGUGAUCGGGCUUACGUCUCUGUGGACGGGGUGCCCCAAGGAAUCCUUGAUCGAAACCUUAUGACAACUCUGAAGAUACAGGGGAAGGCUGGGGCCACGCUGGACAUUCUGGUGGAGAACAUGGGCCGUGUGAACUAUGGCAGAUAUAUCAACGACUUUAAGGGUUUGAUUUCCAACAUGACCCUCAACUCCACUGUCCUCACCAACUGGACAGUCUUCCCACUGGACACUGAGGCCAUGGUACGCAGCCAUCUCGGGGGCCAGGAAGCCACUGAUGAGGGUCACCUUGAUGGACAGUCGACCUCCAAGUCUUCGGAUUUCAUACUCCCCACCUUUUAUGUGGGCAACUUCUCCAUCCCCUCGGGCAUCCCAGACCUGCCGCAGGACACCUUCAUCCAGUUUCCUGGAUGGGCCAAGGGUCAAGUAUGGAUCAAUGGCUUUAACCUUGGCCGAUAUUGGCCCACAAUGGGCCCACAAAUUACCUUGUUUGUGCCAAGGAACAUCCUGACCACUUCAGCCCCAAACAACAUCACAGUGUUGGAGCUGCAGUUUGCACCCUGCAGUGAGGGGACCCCAGAGCUCUGUACAGUGGAGUUUGUUGACACUCCAGUUAUUGCCUGAUCUGACCAUCAGUGGCCAUUUUCCAGGCCAAUCUGGUCAAGACUCAUGGCUGAACGCCUGUGAUGACUGAGUCUCUGGGAGCACAACCCUUCUCUGGCUACAGAGAUCACCUUUGUCGUGCUACAAUGGGAGUGACAUUCCUGGAAUGUGUGUAUCCUCCUGGUGACUUUGCAGCCCUGCCUUGCCUGACCUCCCACCCCUUGCGGCCACCAGGAAGGCUGAAGGGAGUGGACACUAUAGGAAGACACAGCUGGUGUGCUGAGUUGGAACAAAACUUGAAUAAUGUCUCUUAUUCUGAUUUGAAAUAAUCAUGUCAUCUUUCUGCUGAAUAAAAUUGUACGCAAGU